AUGGUGUUCUAUUUUCGAUGUUUCCUUCUCUUAUCGUCGAUUGUACAAACCAGAGCAGCACAGGACAACGACGGAAGCUCGAACGACUCGAGCAGUAGGACCACCUGGGACAUCAUUUGGAGUUGCAUUGCCACUAUAUUUGCUUGCACUUGGCUUGCCGUACACCCCAACAUUCCCAGCCGGUACAUGAGGGAGAAAGGCCGCCUAUUUCUGAGCCUGCACCGCGUUAAGCACAUGCUACUGGCUAUCAUUUGCCCGGAAGCUGUAAUUACAUGGGCAUUUAGGCAACGACUUGUUGCAUCAGUACUAUCUAAACGUCUGUCACACCCUCUACUUCUGUUUCCAGUGACUGAACCACGGCCCUCAGACUUGAAACUAUCAAUGACGCAUAGUUUUUUCAUUAGCAUGGGCGGAUUUAUAGGGAAAGACGAUCGUCCAAUUACUCCUGCCGAUUUCUUUGUCACUGAUGCCGAAAUACGCUCUGAUCUGGACAUAUCGCCCAUUAUGAGCAUCCCCGAGGAAGAGCUGAUGGACAAGAGCAAAGGCGACAUGCUUUCAAAAAGCAUUUCCCUUCUUCAAACCACCUGGUUUGUCAUUCAAUACAUUUCUCGGAUGGCCUCCUCUCUACCAAGGACGCAGCUUGAAACCGCCACACUGGCCUUCGCCCUUCUAAACUUCUGUAACUAUAUUCUAUGGUGGCAUAAACCUCUGGACGUCCAAUAUCCGCUGCAAAACAAAGCCAUCGAAGAUAUGGGCAUUAAAUGGAUGCAGUCCGAAUCGAUGAAUUCGACGAAUUCGUCAUUUCUAUCUGGGGAGUCGAUUGUCCAUGACGAGGAAUCAUUGGUAUCAUCAGCACAACUGACCACAGACAUGAUUCUGGAGGAUGAGGACCCUGUUAAAAGGGCCGCAGAACCCAGAUCCUCAUCACUCACCUCAUCCAUACACAACAAUUCCCACCAUGGUGGACCCAUGCCCUAUGGUACUUGCGUACCCACUUCCACGAGUUUCGAAUCCACUUCCACACAACAAAUUUCCAUCAACUACAUCGAAAAUCAUAUAUCAGAGCAAACGUGCCUGAUCCUCUCAAAAAUACUAGGUGGACAAGAAGUAAAUAUGAUAUAUGUUCACAAUACGACUCUGCCAAUGCUAUGGGCCGGGCAACUGAGCUGGAGCCAAAUGUGUUAUAGUGCGUAUUUUGGAGGAUGCUUUGGAGCUCUAUUUGGUGGUUUACAUUGCAUCGGAUGGGCAUCUUCAGGUUCCUUUGAUUCGUCCUUGGAACAGCUUCUGUGGAAAGUCUCAUCCUUAUCGAUUGCUAUUAUACCCAUCAUCGUCGCUUUGGCGAGUCACUUCGCACUUUUGAAGUCUUAUAUAAUCAGACGGGUACCUUGGCUCAUCCCAUAUUCUGUUCCGAUUCUCGCAUUCAUCUAUGUAUGCGCCAGAAUCUAUAUACUAGUAGAUAUGUUUGUUUCUCUCAGAUCCAUUCCCUCAGCAGCGUUGGAGGAGAUUGACUGGACGAGAUACAUUCCUCAUAUAUAA